AUGGCAUCAGAAGGCUCAGAAGACUCGGCGGCCUUUGAAUAUGUGUGUGAGGGACUUGGGGAUGACUUUGGAAUUCGGUCGCAGGAAUCAGAUGAGGCGUUCAUUGCGCGAGCCACGCUGGAGUACAUCUGGUCCCAGGAAGGGCGACGAAGCUUUCUCGAUUACAUAAUGCCAGACCGCGAUAAAGCUGAUAACGAAGAUCUGUUUGGAGAAUUCAUUCAGACUUUGUCGAUCCUCGUGUCCAUCGAGUUGGAGAGAGACAGCUGCGAGGCUUUUGACAGUGCCCGCUAUAACUUUUGCCCAGUCGCCAUUACCGACCAAGACUUUAUCGUACGGAAAGGUGGCUGGCGCCUACCGUUCGAAGUCAAUGGGCCAGCAGCCAGACUCGGCGCGGGCGCAUCCGCCGACGUCAUCUGCGCACAUAUUGCUCCUGGCCAUUUUUGUAGUUCACCCGACCCCGAUAUCAAGAAGGCCCCAAGAGCGGGGAAAACAGCUGUGGCCAUCAAGAAAUUCAGAGUCGAACACAGGAGGGACUUUGACCGCGAAUAUCAGGUACUCAAAUGCUUGUGUCAGCAUCGCCAACAGCAUAAGCAUAUUGUUAGCAUGCUGGCUGCAAUCGAUGUUGAAGACUAUCUAGGUACUCUUCUGCCCUUGGCACAGACCGAUCUCCGACAGAUCCUGCGUGGCAAAUUUCCGUUGCACACCACACCUAGCUUACCACACCUUUUGGACCAAGUCGAGCGCUUGGCGGAUGCUCUUCAGCACGUGCACGGGGCCGACUACUGUCACUACGACCUCAAGCCGACCAAUGUCCUGGUGUACGGAGACGUCCAGACCGGCCGCGAUUCUCCCGUUGGUCGGUGGAAACUCUCCGACUUCGGGAUGGGGAAGCCCAUCGGUCCCAGCUGCACCCAGGGCCAGCAAAGAGGAAGCUUAUCCCCACGGACCAAUACCUACCAGGCGCCGGAGGCUUGGUCUGGACUUCAUGCCGGUUCCAGCAGCGAUGUGUGGUCGUUCGGUUGCAUUCUAUCUCUGGUCAAUGCCUUCGGGAUUGGAAGGGGGGGGGGUGUGCAAGGGGUAACAGAUUUCGACCAGCGAAGACUCCGGACGAGUGGUGGGCCAACAUGGGCCGCAAAUAAUUGCUUCUUCCGACAGCAGACUUCUAGUUCACGCCCCGGCGACGAGGUGAACCCGGAAGUUCCAGGCUGGAUCACAGAUAUGUUGACUGACAGCGAUCUUCUCAUCGGCUGCAAGCGCAUUUUGCUGAAGACUUUGACCAUUAAGCCCAAAGGAAGACCAACCGCGGGUGAAGUCUCUGAGCUAUAAAAUAUUCUGGUCCUCGGGCGCCAACAGCAACAGUCAUCGUUAGGCCUAGGGC